AUGGAAGACCUUCGUGCUGAGAUGAUGGCUGAGAUCAAGCAGCUGAAGGUAAACCAAGGAGGGGGAAGACUAGAUGAAGUAAUGAAAGAAGACAAUACCACUCCAUUGGCAGCACACUUGGCCAAAGAUCUCAUCCCUCAGAAAUGCCCUCUCCCAGUGAAUGGAAAAACUCUUUCGUCGGCAGUCGAACACAAAGAAACCAUCAGAGUAUAUACUGACAGGUGGCACAAGAUCUGCCAAGCAAUAGGGAACGUAGAUCCAGUGGUGGUCAUCAAUUGUUACAAGUGGGGAUUGGAUAGGAUGAGUCCGUUGUUCGUUGAGAUUCAUGGAAGUGUUCCCGAAACCGAAGGAGAUCUUCGGGUUAUCAUCGAGAAGCAUGCCAGGUUGGAAGAAAUCCAUCGGGAAAAUCCUAGGGCCCAUGCCCGAAGAUCUCAUCGGACCAAUUCUGUGGAUCAAGCCAGCGGAUCCAAGAGGAGCGGUUCUGCCGAGUGGCCAAACGAAGAUAAAAGAGGACGAAGGGAUGAUCAUUGCCCUGACGACCGGAAGUUUGAGGAUCAAGUCUACACAAAACUGAAUACCAACUACACUCGCAUUUUGAGAGAUAUCAAAAGUAGAGAAAACCUAGAGUGGCCUUGGUCCAAGGGAAAACAACCACCCAGAUCAGAAAAAUUAAGGGAUUACUGUGAGUACCAUUGUUUCAAUGGACAUCAAACGAAAAAAUGCAAGAACCUCAAGAUAAUGAUCCAAAAGAUGAUCGACGCUGGCGAUCUCAAGCAAUACAUACAUAAGGGAAAAAUCGAAGAUAAGGAUAAGCGAAGAAAGCAAGUCCAGCUACCCGAUGGUAACCGAACGUUCAACACUAUCUCAUGUUCUGAAGCCACCGGACCAUCACUAACUGUCCAGAUAGGCAAAAGGUUAAGGAAGCAAUUUGAAGGUUACUGCGAGUUGUACAAAAUUGAUGGAGUAGAAGUGGACCAACACGAACAAUGGAUGAACGCUCCAGUAACUUUCGAUGUUGAUGAUGUAGAGGAUGACAUGGAGUAUCACAACAACCCCUUGGUUCUUGCAUUACCCAUAGCGGGGUGCAAUAUCAGAAAGGUCCUCAUCGAUGGAGGGAGCUCGGUCAUUCUACUGUUCUAUGACACGUUCAAACGAAUGUAG